UUGCCUCACGGAACGGGUACCAGCGCGUGGGGACUCGGAGAGUUUGAGUGGCAGGACCGCGGCGGCGGCGAGAGUGACGGACUUGGGCACCGGAGUCCGGCGCGGUGAUGCUGACCCCGGCGUUCGACCUCAGCCAGGACCCCGACUUCCUGACUGUCGCCAUUCGCGUGCCCUACGCCCGGGUCUCCGAGUUCGACGUCUACUUCGAGGGGGUCGACUUCAAGUUCUACGCCAAGCCGUACUUUCUCAGAUUAACCCUUCCUGGAAGAAUUGUAGAAAAUGGAAGCGAGCAGGGAUCCUAUGAUGCGGAUAAAGGAAUAUUUACCAUUCGAUUGCCCAAGGAAACUCCUGGGCAGCAUUUUGAAGGGCUGAACAUGCUUACUGCUCUACUGGCACCAAGAAAAUCCAGGACUGCAAAACCGCUUGUGGAAGAAAUAGGUGCUUCUGAGGUUUCUGAGGAAGGAGCAGAAGAUGACAGUGAAGACUUUGAUUGGGAAAUUGAACAGUCCCCUUAUGAAGAGGUACCAGAAAGUGCUUUGAAUCCGGAGUGCCGCUAUGGGUUCGGGAACUUACGCUCAGGAGUGUUUCAGCGAUUACAGAACAUUUCCUUCAAGGAGAAAUCUCUGGGCUCUGCAGGAACUAUGAGUGGUGACCACCAGGAUGAAUUGAGUGAUGUUAUCGACAUUAAGGACCCAGAUUUCACCCCUGCAGCCGAACGGAGGCAGAAACGCCUGGCUGCUGAGCUGGCCAAGUUUGAUCCCAAUCAUUAUCUAGCUGACUUUUUUGAAGAUGAGGCAGUUAAACAGGUUUUGGAGUAUAAUCCUUGGUGGACUGAUCUAUAUUCGAAAACGAUGGCUUCUUUGGAAAAAAGUCAGGAGCAAGAGAAUCUCACUGUAUUAGUGCCUUUUUCUGAAGAAGAGAAAUAUCAGCUACGAAAAUUUGUCAAUAAAUCUUACCUGCUGGACAAGAGAGCCCAUCGUCAAGUGUACUAUAGUUUGAUCGAUAUCCUUCUGGCAUAUUGCUACGAAAUUCGUGUGACUGAAGGAGAGAAGAAUGUUGAGUCUGCAUGGAAUAUCAGAAAACUCAGUCCAACACUGUGCUGGUUUGAGACUUGGACUAAUGUUCAUGAAAUCCUGGUGUCUUUUGGAAGAAGAGUUUUGUGCUAUCCCCUUUACCGCCAUUUCAAGCUGGUGAUGAAAGCCUACAGAGACACUAUAAAGAUAUUGCAGCUAGGAAGUACUGUAGCACUACACCAUCCGUGGUUGGCUGAAUCUUCGAAUGGGAUGGAACCGCAGAUACAGAGGCCGACUAUAAGUUAUAUGCAGAUUAACCCUGAGGUUGUUCAAGGGUCAGCCGUGUGCAGGUGUGGAGGGGCGCCCUCUCCAAGUAAAAGUGUGGUUUUAAAGUGUCUACUGGAUAUUCACAAAAUUUUUCGGGAAAACGACCCAGCUUACAUUCUAAACGAUCUCUACAUCUCAGACUACUGUGUGUGGAUUCAGAAAGCCAAACACAUUCUAGCCUUCGGGCACUUAAGAGCACUAGACAGCAAUUCAGCACUGAGCUUGGGGGCUGUGUUAUACAGGGAAAUCAUCAACAGAAAGCCUCCAAAUACAAAAUACGUGGCACUUAAACUGACCAUGAAGAAAGACCCAUUUUUACAGUAUAAAAACUGAAAGAAGAAGGCAGAGCCGCAUCCUGUCAUACCUCAACUGGGAACAUGUGCGUCGGACGGUUGAAGAUGCUCACUGCUCUCUGUGUCUCUGUGAAUGACCACACAGUGCUGAGGAGUAUUGAUUUUGAGGUUACAGAAUAAUUUUGGCAGGUGGUCGGGUUUACCAAUAUGGAAUUUGUGAAUAAUAAAGCUUGUAAACAUUGGUGUACAGACCAGCACAGCAGGGACAGAAGAGAAGAAACCUCUGUGUUGCUUCUCUCAAAGAGUCUGGUAUUUGAAAAUUUCAAGAGAAGCAUUGAAGUCAUCAACCUAGGCUGAAUUGGGAUUUUGGUGGACUUCCCGCUCUUAUUUUAAGAUGCAGAAUGGUUUUCAUGUGGAAUUGUACGUGGGAGCAGACUGUCUCCUCACUGCCCAGGGCACCCGAGACUGAUCCUUCUUGUAGGCGUCCUUCACUGCGGUAGGAUGGCUUCUUCCUUGCUGACCACAGACUAAGAUGAUCUGAUCUUCAGAGCAAAGACUGCGUUUUGUAUUCACCAAACCUGGCACAUAGUAGGUGGUCAGUAAAUACUUGUCAAAAGACUGACCUUGGACCUGGGCACUUGAGCUGAAACGCUGCAGCUCAGUCUGCCUUUCCUCUGGUCCUGGUCCACCACCCUUGACCUCAGUUCUGAAACCCAGAAAGUUCUGAAAGCGGAAGUAUUUCCAGGGCAGUGGACAGCACAACCUGACUAACCUACUUUCAUCUGGUGACAUGAGGCUGUUUAUCCCACUUCGAGCGACUUAACCAUACAUUUUGCUAUAGAAAUGUUCGUGUAUUUGAUGAGCGGUUGCUGCUGGGGUGCUGGGUGACGCAUUGUAUAACACUACAGGUCUGACGUGUCAAGCCAACAGACUGGCAGUUUAGGGGGCGAGGGGCAGGUGAGAAUUCUACCACCGAACCACCCGUGCAGAACUGGAAUUUUGGAACUCGUGUAGGUCUGAGAGUUUCAGACGGGGCAUUGUUCACCUGGAGAAGAUUUAGGGAUUUUCCGUAGAAAUUUUGUGAGGAAAUUGACAGUUUAUUUAGAAGCAAGUGAGCCGGAGGCGUGAAUGAUUGUGGCCUGGCCGACGGGGGGACAGUGAAGCGAGAUGAUCAGGCGACUUCACUCCCAGGGGACAACGUGUAGGGUAAAGCCCCAGGGCAGGUCGGGAGAGUGGUGAGAAGAGUUCUUUUUGUGAGUAGGAAGCUUAAAUCGUAAAAACGAAGGGGCUGAUUAACUUGAGAUUUUACCAUAAAUAUUAGAAAUGUGAAUAUUAUAUCUACACGUCCACGUAUCACCUGGGUGGCGUUUAUUAGAAACAGAGAUUCCUUGAAUUUCAGAACUUCUUUGAAACACUGACCGUAAUGUGCAAAUCGUCUCUCAUUUCACAGAGAAAUGUGUUUGUAAAACAUACUCUUCUGUUAAAAAAAAAAGUUCAAAGCUGAAGAACCCCAAGUGACAGAGAACAGCCAAAAAAAUUUUUUCCCAUCUAGUUCUUUUCCACUAGUAAUAAUAAUAAUAAAGAAGAAUGAAGCACUUGAAAACUGAAUCUAGUUGUCCUUUUUCUGUCCCUAGGGGGAAGAGUUUUUUGGGUUCCUGUAUAAAUUUUUUUUUUUAAUUAAUUUUUUUUUGGGGGGGGUACACCAAGUUCAAUCAUCUGUUUUUAUACACA